AAUGCCUUUACCAGGCCGCGCCCCAGGCGGGCACAGUUACGGUCUGCACGGAUCAUGGCCGCAGCGGUUCUACGGCAGGUCCAGGCCCCAAAACUUCUCCCUGUCUCCUGGUUUCUGUGUGGGCCCAGAAGAUGUGUGUCCUCCAACUUCAAGGCUGCAGACCUCCAGGUUCAGGUUACCAGAGAGCCGCAGAAGAAGCCAGGCCCCAGCCAGCCAUUGCUGUUUGGAAAGACAUUCACAGACCACAUGCUGAUGGUGGAAUGGACCAAGAAGACAGGCUGGAGCCGGCCAAGGAUCCAGCCCUUCCAGAACCUCACACUGCACCCAGCCUGUUCGGCCCUGCACUACUCUCUGCAGCUCUUUGAGGGCCUGAAAGCAUACAAAGGCAGAGACCAGCAGGUACGCCUCUUCCGGCCAUGGCUCAACAUGGACAGGAUGCUACGUUCUGCAAGGCGCCUCUGCUUGCCAGACUUUGACAAGCAGGAGCUGUUGGAGUGCAUCCGCCGGCUCAUUGAAGUGGACAAAGACUGGGUUCCCGAUGGCCAUGGAAGCAGCCUCUACGUGCGGCCCGUGCUGAUCGGGAAUGAGCCUUCGCUGGGUGUCGGCCUGGUCACACAAGCCCUCCUGUAUGUCAUUCUUUGCCCUGUGGGCUCCUACUUCCCUGGAGACUCCAUGACCCCUGUCUCCCUCCUGGCUGACCCCACGUUCAUCAGAGCCUGGAUGGGUGGGGUCGGUAACUACAAGGUCGGGGGGAAUUACGGGCCCACUGUGGCCCUGCAGCAAGAAGCCCAGAAGAAGGGCUGCGAGCAAGUCCUCUGGCUGUACGGGCCGGACCACCAGCUCACCGAGGUGGGCACCAUGAACAUCUUCGUCUACUGGACUCACAAGGACGGGGUACUGGAGCUGGCAACCCCCCCACUGGAUGGCAUCAUCCUGCCUGGAGUGGUUCGGCAAAGCCUGCUGGACCUGGCUAGGACCUGGGGUGAGUUCCGCGUGGCAGAGCGCAAGGUCACCAUGGAGGAACUGAAGCUGGCGCUGGAGGAGGGCCGCGUGCGGGAAGUCUUUGGCUCAGGCACCGCUUGUCAGGUCUGCCCAGUGCAUCAAAUCCUGUACGAAGGGAAGCAACUCCACAUUCCCACCAUGGAGAACGGGCCGGAGCUCAUCCUGCGCUUCCAGAAGGAGUUGAAGGCUAUUCAGUACGGAGCCAGUGCCCACGAUUGGAUGUUUCCGGUGUGACGCAGCCGGCUGUGCCUUCACGGGUUGGAUCCGCGGGUCUGUAGCAUCCAAUCCAGCGUCCUCGCCUCCCAAAGACUCAUGAGCAGUGCAAUAAAGGUCUGGCCGGACACCUGGGUCUCUGGCGCCCUCACGUGGCCGCUGUGCUCCAAAGCCUUAAGGGCGGGACCCAGACUAUUUGAAGCCGGCCUCAAGUGUUGGGUCUCAGGGCUGAGCUCCCCCAGCUGCUCCGAAGGGGGACCUUGGCAUAUUCUCUAUCUCCGUUCUCAGGCCGGAUCCCCCGUGCUCUCCAUGAUGCAUUUUUCCCUCUCUGUACGUGCUGCAAUUUUGAAAUAAAAUGCCAAAGAACAAGA